AUGCCGUCGGUGUCCAAAGUUGGUGAUAAACGAAAAUCAAAAAAACAUACAAUAGUCAGCAAUGAUACUGCUAAGCGUGUCAAAGUAUCUCACAGAAGUCACCAGACGGAACCAGGUGCUGUUUUGUGUGUCGGUAAUGGAGAUGUAGGUCAGUUAGGCCUUGGUCCUGAUGUCCUUGAAAAAACCCGGCCUUGUUUAGUCAACUUGCCUGAUCAGAUUGUCCAGGUGUGUGCAGGUGGCAUGCAUACAGUCUGUCUCUCCAAGUCGGGCAAGGUGUAUACAUUUGGCUGUAACGAUGAAAAUGCACUCGGGCGAGAUACAAGUAAAGAGGGUUCAGAAACAGAAUUUAGUCUUGUAGACAUACCAGAAAACAUUGUUCAAGUUUCAGCUGGAGACAGUCACACUGCAGCAUUAUCAGAAGAUGGCAAAGUUUUUGUAUGGGGGAAUUUUAGGGAUGCCAGUGGCUCAAUAGGAUUAACAGAAGCAGGCCCACAGGCAAUUCCACUUCAAUAUUUACCUAAUGAAGUGUUUGUGAAGGUGGCCUCUGGAGGAGACCAUUUACUCUUGCUGACAAUUGAUGGUAGAAUAUAUACAGCAGGUUGUGCAGAACAAGGACAGCUGGGAAGAAUUGCCAGUCACUUCACAGAACGAGGUGGAAGAAAGGGGUUAGAGCUUCUUUUAACUCCUGAAGUUGUUCGGUGUAAACUAUCUAGGAAAUCUCAGCCCAAAUUUACUGAUAUAUGGGCAGGCCAAUACACUUCAUUUGCACAAGAUAGUAAUGGAAACAUUUAUGCUUGGGGACUGAACAACUAUUUUCAAUUAGGAUUGUCAGACAUGGAGAACCGUUUCACUCCUGAAAAAGUAGAAUCUUUCAAAUGCUCUAAGGAAUGGUUGGACAUUGUUGGGGGACAACAUCAUACAGUAGCCCUUAGUUCUGACAAUCAUGUGUACACAUUUGGUCGAAGUGAAUAUGGCCGUCUUGGAUUGGGUGAAAAUGUUUCAGAAACAAAAGAACCAACUUUAGUAAAGGCCCUCCAAGAUGAAAAGAUUGUUGCAAUUGGUGCUGGAGCUGCUGUAUCUUAUGCAAUUACUUCAGAUGGUGUUUUUUAUUCCUGGGGAAUGGGAACCAACUAUCAGUUAGCUAGUGGGUCCGAUGACGAUUCUUGGAUUCCAACUGUGAUGAGUGGCAAACAGCUUACAGACAGAAAAGGAGCUUCUAUAUCAGGAGGUGGUCAACACUGUGUUCUACUAUGCAAGUUAUCAUCGUAG